AUGGUAGGCCGUAAAUGCCAUGCCAUCGUGCCGAGCUCUCCACCGUUACCUACGUUGGAAAUAGACGAUAAAAGAUGUCCCCUGGUUGAAAUUAAGAUGGACGGAGAUCUAAUUCUCGACGUAUCUUUUAGGACAGGCCAAGAUUGCUCCAGAUCUAUUCCGAGAGACGCUCUAAGACUUCUACGGGCCGAUAAAAUAGCCUUCCCGUCUCCAAGAAUUUUAUACCGGAUAAAAUCUGGCACUCUCGCCAAAAACUCCGAGUACUUUAGACUUCUCCUGAGCCCGCAAUUUUCGGAAGGUAUAGCGUUAGCAAAAAGGACAGAACAAUUAGCUGAAUCCCAAGUGCAGCCUGCACAAGUAGAAGCGUCAAAACUUCCCAGGAUUACUAUCGUAGAUGAAGAUUUCACCACCAAAACAGUCGGGCGAGAGAAUAUUUUUGCAGAUUUACUGCGCAUUGUUCACGGCCAGGAACCAGGUACAAAACCUUUUACUACUCAGUGCUGGACUGUCCUAGCUCUCAUGGCCGAUAAUUAUGAUCUUGUUUCAUCGAUUUCUAGUCGCUACCAGAAGUUAGUUGUACGCCACAAAUAUGUCGUCACUCCUGAUAAGGCUGGCGAGGAAAUUCUUCGUCAGAAAAUACUAAUUCUAUAUCAUUUAGAGAAAGGCCCUCAUUUUUCUGCCGCAACUAGAGAGAAAAUCAAAGCUGCAACUUACAAUGAAGCUACAGGAGGAAAAUCUAAUCUUAAACUGCAAGGAGCUUGGUGGGACAUACCAUAUGGCAUAGAAUCAGAAAUUUCAUACCGCCGUAUCUGCGUUUUGAGAACAAUCGCAUCGAUUCAAACCCAGUUUCUACAACUAUACUCCUCACGAGAUAUACAGUGCAGGCUAGGCUAUGAUAGUAGUCCCAGCUGUGAUUCUUUCCAAUUAGGCGAGAUGGUAAAAUUUCUUUCGAGGAAAAAUCUGAUUUUUCUUAUUUCUUUCCUUCCUGAACCGCCCGAAGAUUCGAAUUUUAAUUGGCUCGAAGCCUACACAGGCGAGAUUGAUUUUCUGAUCGAAGAGUUGCGCCAGUGUCCUUCAUAUCAACUCGACCGAAAUCACACGCACUGUGGUCUCCGAACUCGGCUUCUACCGGCUUUAGAUUAUAUUAAAACCUGCAUGGACACUGGUCUAGGAAUCUCACUGACUCAUACACGAGGAGCUCAUUCAAGAAGUCGGUUUAUAUCAUGGCAGUCACCUUCACCUUCCACGCAACCUAUGAGACCAACUUGGAUCGAUACUAACAGCCAAGAUAUGAGCUUGCCAGGCGACGACAGUAGAUGUUUUCGCUUCGCGCUAGUUAAGUCUCAACUAGCCUUGGGUGUCAAGAACAGUAAUCCUGUGGAAUUAUUUACGGCACAGAGUUGGGAUUGGAAUAUUGACUGUAAAAUCAGUAAUGAGCGGCUAGGCAAGGCUUUUGGUGUUAUGCGAUGA